AUGGACCCGGAAUCUUCGCAAGCGCCAUAUACUGGUAAUGAGGAGGUCCCAGUAAAAGUAAGUUAUCUUCUGUAAAUGACUUAUGAUGGGGAAAUCCAACUUGGAAGUUGUCCAGUAGACAUAUGAGCAUGUUUGGACAAAAAAUCGGGGAAGGUUUCCUUGUAAAUGAAAGAAAACCCUCAUAGUUACUUUAUGUUAUACUUUGUUUUUUCAGAGGAAUCGAGAAGAAAUGGGCAGUAUGUUAGACAAAUCUGGUGCAAAUGAUCAGGAAACGUUGGGUAGCAGUACUGUGUUUACUCUAGCUUCAAUUUCGGAUCGAAGAAGUAAGUUGUUUUACGUUUUACCAAUUUUAGGUAAUAAUCAUGUAGAAGGUAGCGAAAAACUGGAUUUACGAUUCGGGGCUCUACUCUAAUGCAUUGUUACGUUGUGCUAAGGACACGUAACAUCAUGAUAUUGCUAUUCACCCACAAAUCCGCUUGUUUUUGCAGUUAUAUUACACUUGAUACCUAAAAUAGUAUAAUUCCCUAUCUUAACUUAAUUUUCUAGUUCCUUGUUUAAACUGUUGAUAGAAAAUAGAAUCUAUGAUCCAUUCCAAAGCUUUUGACUAGUUGUAGCUAAAAGGGAGAUUCUUUUCGCCCCCUAAUUUGCACUAGCCGACUAAAGUAAGAUUCAGCUCAGAAAACCUCCAAAAACUAUCCGAAUUGUCCCAGACCGAGUUGUAUGGCCUAUUUUUAUCUCUUUAACAAUGUAUGUAUGUGUACCUAUUUUUAAUGUUGCAUAAUAAACGGUAAAACCCAUGUUCGUAUAACUAUCGGUACCAAAUUCCAAUUACUUCGGGCGCAACUCGCAAAACCUCGAAAACCGUUUUUUUGACGAAAACAAAUUGGCGUGUAUCUCAAACUGAAAAUUCGCCACUUUUUUGCAAAUUUGUUCUAGAAAAAUUGUAGGCCUUAUAGCUUUUCUAAAAAAGCGAAAUCUUCCCAAAAAAUAAAAUUUUUCCUUGCAGAAUUGCCAAGAAUAUGACAUGGCAAUAUAGCAUGCUUCUGUCUGACCGCCCUCCUCAUUUCACACACUUUUUCGCCGACAACGAUUGUUGAAUAACUCGGCUGCCCCGCUGGGCUAGCAUUUUCAGCAAUUGAUAUUUAGCCUAGGACCCCUAAUAAGAAAAAUUUAAAACAAAGUCUGAACGUUGCACCUGGAACAUUUCGGCUGUCAGUCGGACAGCAACUUUUAAAAUACGACCGAGAAUAUCUUGAUCCAAAUUUCAGAAAAACGCCAUCUUCACCUUCGAGCUGGCGUUGUUAGUAUGGCUAAUCUAUCAACUUAGUGUCUUUAUCACCGACUGUAAGACAAAUAAAAGACAAGGGCAGAUAAUCUGCGCAGCAUGUCAAGUCAGUCUCUGUAAGUUACAGCACAAUAAUUUCUGACAUUUUUUCGAUUCCAGUUCUAACAGCAUCUUGCAUUUUUCUGGGAUUUGCCAUCACCUCAUACAUUAUUUACCCGUUAUAUUUUCUCCAUUUUGGAGUAUCAUGUGUAAUUGCGGCCACUUCUCUGGCAAUCAUGGCCGUCAUGGUGAACGACAAGCGAAGCCCGGGAGAAAAAACAAUGGUCACUUUGGAGGCACAACGACUUCUGAAGGAUUCAGAAGCAGCCAUUUUGGGAGAUCAAGGAAAGGCAAAAAAUAUUAACUGGCGUUUCUACAAUGGCGGCUCUGAUCUAGUGGCAAAAAACGUACCAUUUUGCAUCCGGGAAGUAUCAAAAAAUGUAGCAAAAUUCUUCCCUCUCCAAGUGAAAAAAACCUCGGUUUGAAGGGCGCGCUGUUUCCCUCACAAAAAGAGCGGAUGAAAUCGGAGUUUUUUUUCACUUGGAGAGGGAGGUAUUUCGCCAUAUUUUUAUGCCUCCUGAAUUCAAAAUGGUACGUUUUUUGCCACUGGAUCAGGUCCCCCACUGUACAAUGGCGGCCCAAAAAGUCUUGACAUGUUUUCGCACUGUGCGGGCGCAUGAAUUUGGCUUUGCGACAAGCUGUCGCGCGAUAAAAAUUUGGCGGGGUGCGAAAGAAGAACGCACUGUGCGUUGUUUACCCUUUUCGAAACAAUCUUUUUGCACUGUGCGGGGUCGCACGGCACCGUGAAUUUUUCUUGUCGCCGCGCGACAAAUUUCAUGCACGACGGCGCACUGUGCAGACUUUUCAAGACUGUUUGGCCCCCCUAGGAUUUACAAUGGCGGUCCUGAUCUAGUGGCGAAAAAUGUACCAUUUUGCAUCCGGGAAGUAUCAAAAAUGCAGCAAAAUAACUCCCUCUCCAAGUGAAAAAACUCCGAUUCAAAAGCGCGCCCGCUCUUUUUGUGAAGGACCUUCAAAAAGGAGAUUUUUUAGUUGGAGAGAGAGGCAUUUUGCCACAUUUUUUUCUCCCUCUCCAAGUGAAAGCUCCGUUUUGAAGGGCGCGCUUUUUUAGUUGGAGAUGGAGGCAUUUUACCACAUUUUUUAACACUUUCCGGAUGCAAAAUGGUACGUUUUUUGCCACUGGAUCAGGGCCGUCACUGUAUCUCACUAUGGCUAACAAAAUUUUUUUAGGCCUCGACAACAAAAGCCACAUCUCCGACCACACCGACUACGAUGACUUAUAUGAGUUGUCAAGUAAGCAGAAUUUAUUUUUCAUACAUUUACUUCAAAAAUCCAUCGUUUCAGCGGACUACUGCCAGCUCGCUAACACACGAAAUGCCGAAUUAUUAUAUGCCGCCCGAAUUGUCGGAGAUGAGACCUGGGAGAAAGUGAAAGAAUCCGUUGAGAAAAUUCUCGGUGGCUCAUUGGAUCCCAAAAAGAAAAGGAGCGUAUCGUUCGCGGUGCCGGAGACACAACAGGAAAAACUUGUGGACAAUGAUUCGGACGACAGUUUCGCGAGCCUGGAAAGAGCGUUGCAACGGUUGGAUUCGCAUAUUACCGACAUUCGAGAGAGCCUUUCAUUUGAUUAG